AGCAGGCGAUUCAUCAGCGCCGACAGUUGGCGACAGUUGGUCAUUCUUACCGUUACCAAGGCGGCGGGUGACAUUUACUGUGAGCAGCAUCGUCUCCGUCCAUUAAAACAUACAUAACUGCACGCUGGCUGACCCAGUUUCUUUUAUCUUUUAUUUUUUGUUCUUGCUAACAAGUUAACAACCAACUAGUAAAGCUCGUUAGUUUGCGUUACCUGUAGCUAUGUUAUUUGUAGCCCCAGCUAGCCGGUGUAGUUAUUCAAUGGAAAGCAGUUUUUUUUUUUAUUAUUUAACGUUAUAACAUUAACGGUAGCUAACGUUAGCUGAGUUAGCGUUACUUCACUACCAGGUUAAUUUGACACGCAUGCUUUGGGACUAAACAUUGCACAGUUUAAACACAAUUUCUUUUAUUUAUAUUUAAUAUUUACAGCUCAGCGUGAAAACCACAAUAGUUAAGUUACAUGUCAACCGACCGCCGGUCUCUAUUUGCUUAUUUGGUUUGCUGCCUGCCAAAAAAAAAGCAGGCAGCAAAAAGCUUGGCUAGUAAUUAUUCUUCCAGGACAGGUAGUAUUAGCUAACGGUGUGGCCAGGAACUAUGAGCACCAAUAGCCUAUGUCGAUAUUUUCGACGUUGAGGAUUUUAAAAUAGCGCAAUGCGUAUUUUGCUAAUGGACUUCAACUUUUUAAUGAGUCAGCUAGUCUGUAAGCAAACUGCUAAACCUCGUGGAGCUACCACAUGGUCGCCCUAGGAAUAAAUAGGAAAGUGAAUAACGCUUACAAUGUCAUCAGAUGGAUGGGGGGGCAGCAUGCUGCACAAAAGGGCCUUCUAUCUGAUAUUCUCUCACUGCCACUGUGCUCAGCAUUUGUAUAGUCUCACAGCUUUUCAUCCUAUGUACUGCCCCUUUUCACCUUUAAUAUAAUCCUGUUUUCCACGUUGUGCCUGGACUGUCUGUGACCCUCCCUCCCCUCCAUCUAUCCCACUUCUUUAUUGUGCAUAUGGCAAGACCUAUUGCCACAUAUGUUGGACUUUGAUAGGGUGCUUGGUUCGUUAUCUCAAGAGGGGAAAGAGCGACGGAUCUCAAGGACCAGACUGCCCACUGAUCUUUUUGCCUCUCGGACAGAUCGCCAGGGACCAUGCUGACCAUCUUAGCUGCUGGGUCUGUGUUCUUUCCAGGCCUUUUCCUCCUGUCCAAACAAUGCCUGAAGUCAAUCCCAGCACUGAGGUGGAGCGAAGGAGAUGCAGUCAUUGUAUCUGCCAGGUUGGUGUCGUCAGUUCAGGCAGUCAUGGCUUCCUCAGCUGGCUACAUCAUUGCUUCUUCCUGCGAGGACAUCAUCGAGGACCAGCAUUGGCUGACUUGCUCUUACAUCAUGUUUGCUGUUCCCUACUUCGUGUAUGACAUCUACGCAAUGUUCAUGUGCUACUGGUACAAGCUACGGGUCAAAGGGCACGAGGAGGCCUCAGCAGCACCCCAGCACAUGAGCUCAGCGCUGACCAGCUACUUGCGUCGCGAGUUCCUCAUGGUGCUACACCAUGUUGUCAUGGUCACCGUCUGCUUCCCUGUCUCUGUGUUUUGGCGACAAGGAAAGGGAGAUUAUUUCCAGGGUAUAAUGUUCAUGGCUGAGCUCAGCACUCCAUCUGUCUGCUUAGGAAAAAUACUCAUCCAGUACAAACAGCAACACACUCUCCUGCACAAAGUGAAUGGGGCUCUUAUGCUGAUCACUUUUUUCAUCUGUCGAGUCCUCCUCUUCCCUUACCUCUACUACGUCUAUGGAAGGUACGCGUCCAUUCCCUUCCACAUGGUUCCCCUGAUGGUGCCCUGGCACUGUAACCUCGGCGCUGCUCUGCUCAUGGCCCCCCAGCUCUAUUGGUUCUCCCUAAUUUGCAGGGGCGCUUUGCGACUAUUCAUGGGCUCCUCCCGAUCUCAGAGACCACGUGCGAGCGCAGACACAGCCAAGGAGCGGCAGACGGAUGGCAACGCGCUGCCCCAGCCUUCCAACGGCUACAGCGCGCGCUCCACAGAGUCCGAGCUGGCCACUCACUGAGACGAGUGGAGGGGGAGGGUGGGGUGGGAAAGAAGGCGAAUGUACCAAUGAGUAUGUAAAGGAAAGAAAGCUUAUGAGGGAAAAGUGAGACUUGAAACAAGUAGCAAUAUGAAGAAAGCUACAGACGAUGGCCUCAAAUAGCGCUGAAGUGUUUGUGUCCAGCAGCCAAACUCCAACUGCUAAACGUUUGGUUGCUGGCCUUCAUGUACUUCAGCUUCUCAGUUUGUAGGAAACGAGUGUUAGUGCACUCAGUAUUUAAAGAUGUCAUCAGGCACUGUGACAGAUAGGAACAUGCACUGACCUGAGAGGAAUUUGCCUGGAUGUAUAGCAAGCAUUGGUGGCUAUUUCCCUCAUGUAGAUCAAAUUCAGUCCUCUCUGCCUCACGGUAUAGGAAGAGCAGGAAAAUAGGAAUGUAUUAUAUUGUAUGUUAGUACAUUUGCUGUAGAUGGAAGGCCUGAUUCAGUUUAGUAACGAAGAAGAAAAAAAUCCCGGCUAAGCAGUAUUUUGACUUGUUAGUGUUUAUUAUCUGUAUCCUCUAUGUAGUCACUGUCACUCUAACAAAAUGUAACCAACCUGCAGACUGACUCACCUUUAGAAGGGAGAUAAUCUCAUAAGACUGUAUUCUGCUGCCUUAUCCCUCUACCCUCUUUCUUUGCAGUUUAUUUACAUUUUUAUUUAGUUUUACCCUCAGAGAAGGAAGAGGCUCCCUCAGACAAAAUGUGACGGGUGUACAUAGCCGAUGUAAAAUUGUCCUUAUUUCCAUGUCAGUAUUAGGUCAAUGUUGAUUUUUCUUUUUUUUUUCCCGGUUUCGUCUCAUUUCUGCAUCUCAUUUUGAACAAUGACAUUUCAGCGUUAAAACAAAACAUUUCACAGUUUUACAGCUUACUGUACGCAAACUACCCCCAAAUGUUAUGGCAGUGCUUCUCGUUUCAGUGUAGAAAUGACCUCAUUCCAUUUACUGGUAUCACAAAGUGUUUUUGCAUACAAGGAAGUCACUUUACAUGUGCUUUUUUUUUUUUUUUUUAGUUUGGUGCUGAUGUGAAUCUCAAAAUAUCCAUUUGAUUGGCUAGAAUAUUUCACUAAGGGAUCCAUGAGAUUUGAGUAUUUUUAUUUAUUUGAGUAUUUUUAGGGGACUUCUAAUGUUGCAGUUUGAAGGGAAACAAAAGUGAAGAAUAAUCUUGUAGGGAGGCAUUCCCUUGUGAUUGACAUGCAGCACAUUUGUCCAUGGCAACUCAUUUUAUUGAUGCUCAUUAAUGUUUUAACCCUUAAUAAGUCUAUGAAUUGUUUAAACCUUUUAAAUUGUGAAAUUUGCUUCAAGUCAUUGAGCUGUUUAUUUGAGCCUCUGGUUCCAUGAACCUUCUAUGAACAAACUGGCUAGUUUUACUAUUUUUUGUCUGUUUAAAGCAGCUUCACUCCUGGAAAGAGGUCUAAAAAAAUAAAUAAAGCAAAGCUCAGAAACCAUAAAGACGGCAGCGUGUGCCAAAACAUCUGGACAACUGUGGGCAUGUUGAACACAGAAUAUUCAUUCCCCUGUUCCAUGAAUUCAUAAGGUACUGCUUCUUGACAAUACUAAAACAUUUCAACUGAUGUACUGUAUAUUCCACAAAAUGCUCGUUAUUUAUUUGUAAGUAUUUAUUUAUUUAUUUAUUUGGUUUGUGGUUUUGAAUGCAUAUUUAUGCAUACAUAUUAUACUAUAUGCUUCUGAGCCUUAUGUGAAGGCUGUAUUGUUACUCAAACUUAGCUAAAAUAUACUUCUCUGUCCUGA